CAGAAGAGUGCUUGGCAUGGGCCGUGGCUCCUUGGCAUGGUAGGUGCCAUGCAUAGAGAGCAAGCCUCCACCGGCCCCUCCUCUGCUCCAGCUCCUGCCUGGUGGCUCCCUGAUGCACCACCCAGGUUGGACUUUAUUCCUCUUAUUUCACCAGCUUUGCCCUUCCUUUUGGCCCCUCCCUGCAUCCACUGGGACUUCAUCCUUCCUCUUCCGUUUCUUUAGCUCCUUCCACAGCUGUUGUAGCAGAAGAUGCUAAUGGCCCAGGCUCCCUGGGGCCACCACCCCACAGUGUGGUAGUCGUGGGGGUGGCUGGGGCUGGAGGAUGAGGGAAUUUGAGUGUUCAACCAGGACUGGAAGGGAAAUGCUGAGCUCAGGGAUCCCCUCCCUUUCCCACCCCCAGCUGCCUCUGUUUCCUCCCUCAUUCCCCAUCCCCCUCAGCUUCCUGCUCCCUUUGGUCUGCCCAUGUCCGGUUUGGAUUGAUCCAGACCUCUUAUCUCCCUCCUUUCCUUCUCACUCCUCCAUCCUUCCCUCCCACUCCCACUUUACUGCUCCCCAGAUUACUUGUUUGUAUGGGGGUGUGGGGGAAAUGGAUCACUCUGCCCCAUAAGAGUUCUAGGUUGGGGCAGUGUUGGGGGCUCAGCCCCUCAGAGCCUGUGAGUCAGCACUGUCCUCAGGAUUGGUCUCUCUCCUUAGUUCCCCGCCCCUGGGGAGGAGCCAGGCAGCUCUAGGUCCAGCCUGUUCGCCUCUCAGCCAGAGAAGAGGCUCCACGCUGGGCGGAGAUGGGGCCUGAUACUGUCUGGGUCUGAGCUGGGGGAGCCAGAGCCACUUGUCCCUCUCCCUCCCCAGGACCCUUGAGAUCCCUGGGCCAUAGAGGUCCGAUCAGGCUAAGGGCCUGGGGAUGCCCCCUGCCUGGCCCCCUUGCCCUAACUGGCAGGGGGGCCAGGCUGGGCAGCAGCCUCCCUCUCACUCCCACCAGCCAUGGAUCUCCUGCCCCCCAAGCCCAAGUACAACCCACUUCGGAAUGAGUCUCUGUCAUCGCUGGAGGAGGGGGCUUCAGGGUCUACCCCACCGGAGGAGCUGCCUUCCCCGUCUGCCUCAUCCCUGGGGCCCAUGCUGCCACCUCUGCCUGGGGACGACAGUCCCACUACUCUGUGCUCCUUCUUCCCCCGGAUGAGCAACCUCAAGCUGGCCAACCCGGCUGGGGGGCGUCCAGGGCCGAAGGGGGAGCCAGGAAGGGCAGCCGAGGAUGGGGAGGGGAUCGUUGGGGCAGCCAUCCUGGACUCAGGCCCCCUGCCCCUCCUCCAGGACAUGAACAAGCUGAGUGGAGGCGGCGGGCGCAGGACUCGGGUGGAAGGGGGCCAGCUGGGGGGCGAGGAGUGGACCCGCCACGGGAGCUUUGUCAAUAAGCCCACGCGGGGCUGGCUGCAUCCCAACGACAAAGUCAUGGGACCGGGGGUUUCCUACUUGGUUCGGUACAUGGGCUGUGUGGAGGUCCUGCAGUCAAUGCGUGCCCUUGACUUCAAUACCCGGACUCAGGUCACCAGGGAGGCCAUCAGUCUGGUGUGUGAGGCUGUGCCGGGUGCUAAGGGGGCGACAAGGAGGAGAAAGCCCUGUAGCCGCCCACUCAGCUCCAUCCUCGGAAGGAGUAACCUGAAAUUUGCUGGAAUGCCAAUCACUCUCACCGUCUCCACCAGCAGCCUCAACCUCAUGGCCGCAGACUGCAAACAGAUCAUCGCCAACCACCACAUGCAAUCCAUCUCGUUUGCAUCCGGCGGGGACCCGGACACAGCUGAGUAUGUUGCCUAUGUUGCCAAAGACCCGGUGAAUCAGAGAGCCUGCCACAUCCUGGAAUGUCCAGAAGGGCUCGCUCAGGACGUUAUCAGCACCAUUGGCCAGGCCUUUGAGUUGCGCUUCAAACAAUACCUCAGGAACCCGCCCAAGCUGGUCACCCCCCAUGACAGGAUGGCUGGCUUUGAUGGCUCAGCGUGGGAUGAGGAGGAGGAAGAGCCACCUGACCAUCAGUACUAUAAUGACUUCCCGGGGAAGGAACCCCCUCUUGGGGGGGUGGUGGACAUGAGGCUUCGAGAAGGAGCCCCGCCGGGGGCUGCUCGACCCACUCCACCCAGUGCCCAGACUCCCAGCCACCUGGGAGCUACUCUGCCUGUGGGGCAGCCUGUCGGGGGAGACCCCGAAGUCCGCAAACAGAUGCCGCCUCCACCACCCUGCCCAGGCAGAGAACUCUUUGAUGAUCCCUCCUACGUCAACGUCCAGAACCUAGACAAGGCUCGGCAAGCCGGGGGCGGGGCCGGGCCCCCCCAUCCUGCCAUCAAUGGCAGUGCUCCUCGAGACCUCUUUGACAUGAAGCCCUUUGAAGAUGCCCUUCGGGUGCCUCCACCUCCCCAGUCGGUGGCCAUGGCUGAGCAGCUCCGAGGGGAGCCCUGGUUCCACGGGAAGCUGAGCCGGCGGGAGGCCGAGGCACUGCUGCAGCUCAAUGGGGACUUCCUGGUGCGGGAAAGCACGACCACGCCUGGCCAGUACGUGCUCACCGGCUUGCAGAGUGGGCAGCCCAAGCACCUGCUGCUGGUGGACCCUGAGGGUGUGGUUCGGACAAAGGAUCACCGCUUUGAGAGUGUCAGUCACCUCAUCAGCUACCACAUGGACAAUCACUUGCCCAUCAUCUCUGCGGGCAGCGAACUGUGUCUACAGCAGCCUGUGGAGCGGAAAGUCUGAUCUGUCCCAGUGCUCUCUCCCAGAAGAUGCCUGCGACCCCUUCCACCCUAUUCCCUGACUCUCAGGACCUCACUUGGGAGUGUUCUGUGGGCUUGGCCUUGUGUAGGAGCUGGGGGUAGUGUGGACACUGGGUUCACCAUCCAACUGAGUGAGAGGGUUUGAGUCAGGAGCCUGGGGUAGAGUCCUGCUUCUCCCCAAACCUCACCAAAGUAUUAAUGUACAGAGUGGCCCCCUUCCCUGGGCCUUUCCUGUGCCAACUUGAUACCCCCUUCCCCAAGGUGGGUGCUGGAGGCUGGGGCAGUUUGCCCCCUUGUAAUGGAAAAUGUCCUGUGGUGAUAGGCCCAGUGGAGCAAUCACCCUUCCAGGGAAGGGGGAAUGAAUCACACCUCUAGUCUAUCCCUGGGCUCAGGGUACCCUAGACCCCUCUCAACAACCCUCCCUUCCAGCGUUUAAACUUUGUGCCUUUGACCAUCUCCUAGGUCUGAAGAUAUUUUAUGCAAAGUGUUCUUGGGCCCUUGACGUCAGGCAUGGAGGUGCUGACACCUUCUUGGCUUCUGGGGCCCUGUCCUCUCCUUGCUCAGCAACCCCUCCAGUUUAGGUUGGGCAGACAGAGGCAGGAGUGGCAGCUGUCCCCUCUCUCUGGGGAUACGCAACCUUUAGAUUGCCUCAGCGCCCCCCUCCUGGCCAGCAGGGAGAUGGACCCCUCCCUUUCUCAGUGCCUCUGGUGGGGGGGAGGGCGGGGGGCCCUCACCCCAGGGGUCUGUAUAUACAUUUCGUAAGCCCGCGCCUCCCAUGUUGCAUGCAUGUUAUAUUCUACAGCCAAAGUAUAGCCCUUCCUCCUAUAGCCUCUGCCCUGCCUCUCCCUGCUGGGGUGGUGGGGGGAUGACUGAACUGUUAACUCUCCCAGGUGGAUUUUGUGGAGUUGCGAACAGGGGCUUUGAGACUGUAAAGCAGUAGACAAUCCCCAAAUACCAUCGGUAGAUUUGGAAGUGCAUUUAUUUUUUAUUUUAUAUGCAUUUAUUUUAGGGCUGUAGAUUGUCUUUCCUAAUUUGUUUUCCACGGCUGCUUCUUGAGCACAAAAUGAUAAUAAUCGAACACAUUUAUAUAUCACCUCUUUGACUUUUCAAAGGCCUUUUACAACUAUUGGAAUUUUCUUCACCCAGCCUGUGAGGCAGUCGGGACCGGAACCUUUAGAAGUGGAGUGUGAGCUGAAACUAGAGAAACGGGCCUCUUGCUGUGAGGCUGGGAGGCAGAAGUUUGUCUGAGUGUCAGUUUCACACGGGGAAACGUAAAGCCUGCAGUUACGGGAUCCCUUGCCCAGCCCUGCUCUAGACCUGGGGCAGCCACAACGACAGAGGAGCCGGCCCUGCUCUGUCAUUAGGUCUUGUGGAUAAGGGAGAGUGGACUGAAUCCUCGCCUUUUUUUGUUUUGUUUUGAUGUUUUCACGGGUCUCACUUAUACCAAAGGGAAAGAAUCUUCAUUAAAGUCCGUAUUUCUUCUACCUCGGC